UGUGUACAAUACUAUGUCAGGUGCCCCAUCCCAUCAUGGCGGACGAAAAGUGGGAGUCGGCCUUCCCUGUGCUCUGCAAAACUUCUUCUGCUGAUAUUGGAAAUGUUUGUCAUGCUGUAGCUGAAAGUUUCUGCCAGGAUGAUGUCAUAUCUGCUGAUGCAUUCCUGUCCACCUGGACCCUGGAGGAAUGGUGGCAGGUUCGAAGUGUUUUGACGGACAUUAUGAGAUCGGCUGUUGGGAAAGGAUGGUCAAAAGAGAAGAUUUCCGAGGAAUUAGGUUCCUUGGAUGAACCGUAUAAAAAAGUCCUUAUUGAUGUGAUCAAUGUACAUGAGGCCAGCCUGCGGAAAAAACUACUGCUAGACACCACUGCAGUUUCGCAUGCUGUGUUAUCUGAUUUUGAUUGGAAGCUGCAGUUGGCAAUGUCCAGUGACAAACUAGCUCAACUCCAAGAACUUCUGGUGCAACUGGAUCUGGAUGUCAGGGAGGCCGGUGGGGACCGGAAACGGGUCAUACUGGAGAUGGAUAAAUCAGAAUUAGGUCGCCUUAUCUCUUCUCUGGAGGCCUGUGGUAAAUCUGUGCAGCAGAUGACAACGUCUUGAUGUUGUGACUGUCUGAGAGACGACCGACGUGCAAUGUGAGGAAAGCAAGGGACUCAGUAGAGAUAUGUGAUGGAUGAAAAAAUAUGGCAGGACUGGUGAACGUGCAUGCUGUUCAAAGGACAGUGUUUUUAGGGGAGUUUUUUUGUGAGCAUGUAAUUUUUUUCCUAAUCUUACACGUUUUGGGUAAAUUGGGAAAAGUUCAAGAUAUGAAAAGGAGUGUUUGUGAAGCAUUCAUCUCAUGGAUUUAAAAAAAACAAAAAACUAGGCACUCAAUCCCCCAACUCCCCAUUACAAAUAUUUUACAGUGAUUUAUUUAUCCUAGAAGUACAGCUUGUUCUAGAAUUUGUUUAUCAUAGAUUUUUCUUAAUCCAGACUUUUGUGUCUCUCUUUCAUGAUUUUGAGAUGAUGCACUGGAGGGAGGGGGGGUGGUGGGGGGCUCUCAUGACAAAUGAUUAAUUAAUUGGGAGGAUGACUGCAGUGCAAUAGUGUGUAAAAGAAGGAGUCUAUCCAGUCACUGAGAAACAUAUCUGAGAGCUGGUUAAAAAAAAGUAUUUAUUAUUGAGAGAAAACUGGUCCGAUUUCUGAAAGAAAAAAAAAAGUAAGCAAGUAUAAGGAUCUGUGUAUGUGUGUACUUACAUGUCUCUCUAUAGGUAACCUCGGUGCCAUGUGGGUUUUAUGAGAAAUUUGGGGGGGGGGGCUCCUUCUGAACUGAAGUAUGAUGCUAAGCAUUCAUAUUUUGUUAAACUGUUAAUUCUUCUACAGGAGAAUAAAUGAAGUAUUAUCCAUUAUUGUCUUUUCUUAUCUGAUCUUAUCUAUUGCAGACCAUUCACUUUUUUGUAUCUCAUUUAUCAAGAAUAGAUAUUAAAUGUUUCAGACUCAAAGAAAUAUUAUGAGCAGAACAAUUUUUUUGGUGUUUCGCAGGUCCCAAAAAUUUGUUUUUCAAUUUCUCACCUGUACUUUCGCUCAGAUUAAACAAAAUGAUUGAAUGACAGAAAUUGAAAGUUAUUUCUGAACAAAAGGGAGUAAAUCAUGUUGUUGAAGAGAGAUUUGGAAACUUGUACAUCGAGGGUGCUCUGGAUAAAUUUACCCGAGAUGGAUAGAUUUCAACAAAUCAAUAGAUACUUUUGUUGACUUAAAAAUAUUAUUGGGGUCCCAGUAUGGGUAGUCAUCAGCUUCAAACAAGCAGCUUAAUAGCAUCAUCAUUAUACUUUAUAUGUGUUAAGACAUGGUUGAACCAGGGGCUCAUCAAUUUUUGGUCUUAUAGAGUUAUUAUAUCAGAAUAUUUGCAAUUGAAGUAGAUGGGGUCACCUGUUGUAAGAGGCAAAAUUAGAGAGAAAAUUAGCUGCCAAAAUUUGGUGACAUUCAAAGGUUGAGUGUGCUUGGAAACUGGAAAUUAACCUUUUCUGUGCCUUUAAUCAACAUUAUUCAGUAAAAUCCUCAAAGAAAUGUGUUUUUAACUAGAUCUUAAAGGUGUAGAGUCAUAAAACAAAAAUUCAAUAAAAAUAACCAAACGGACAGAAAAAUGCCAGUUUCUUCGAUAUCAUUAUGUUGACGAGCGCCUGAUUUCACCACGAUGCCUCACUAAAAUAUAGUUUAAAGAAAUAGCAGCCAAAAUGAGCAGUUGAACAAAAUGUAAAGGAGGGUGUCUUUGUUAUUUGCUUAUUAUGAAUACAUUACCUUUUUCCGGUUGUGGUACUUGUAAGGAAGUUUGAACUCAGAGCUGCUUCUCUGAAUGGGCCAAGUUCCAGACCUAAUGAAAGAGAGUGAUAAGCCCCAUUGUGUUUGUAUAAAGACACUGGUGUUCAUUUUUAGAUAGUACAUGUAUAUAUAAGUUUGCUGACUAUGAAUAUGCUUCGCUGAGAUUCCAGUUUGUUUUGGCACUGAAUAAAAGGUGUGACUGUAAUUAAAGGAAAACUAUUUUUUGAGAGAUUGUGUAAGAAAACCUGUGCGGGCAUUGUUUGUGUUCCUACCUAUUGGGAAUUUUUUUCUUCCUGGUCGGUGAGUGUAUGGUAGGUGCUCUGGUGUAAUUUGCUCCUUUUUUCCUGUCAUACAUCUGUCAACCUUAUUUCUCCUACUUUUCCUGUAAUUGUUACUCUCGAGUAACACCUUUAAUCUUCAGCACCUAUAUAUGACCUAUUUGUAUUUCAAGUGCUGUAAAACUCUUACAAAAACUUAAUUUCCUGGUUGUAAGUAAAAUGGCCUUUUUAGAAAAGGAGUUUGUGGUACAUUUUACUCCGUUAACAUAGCAUUCCUCAGACUCUAUUUGGUGCUUUUAUUGAUGAUGAUGAUGUUGUUGUUAUGCUUGUAAUCAACCAGCAUUGAAUAAAGAUUUUUUUUUCUUCUAA